AUGCUGACGGCCUGCAAAGCCCGAGCUCACUCCCAGGGCAGCGUUGUGUCCCAGUCGACCCUGAUCGCUCCCCACAGUCGGCCAGGUACCGCAGAUCCAGUGCGAGCACGCUCUGAAGCUGUCUCCAGGGCCAGCCGCCGUCCCCGGUCAAGAGGAUCAACGGCGAGCAUUCACUCGAGUACUACGCAACAGACGCAAGAUCAACACCUCGACGGGUUCCCUCAAUUCAUGCCCUCACAAGUCGGCGCCGGUCCGCACAUGUUCCACAACCCAGAAGAUAUGCUCAUGCGAUUUGGACAUCAGCUUUCAAACCACCCGGGCGCCACGGGCAUGGACGGAACAAUGCAAGAUACACACGCCGUCAUGCCUCGCGCCGAGGAUUUCCACGCUCAUCCUAUGCACGGCCAUACCCUUUCCCACCAUUCUAUGCCACCUGAGAUGCCAAGCGGUCUGUCGAACGUUCCAGCGGCCUACCAGCAAAUGUAUGAUAGUGGUGUUGAGAAUCACCUCCCCGAGCAUCUCGUCGAGGAGCCUGAGGCCCAAGAAGUGGGUGGAAAAAAGAAAAGGGGAGUUAGCUCAACGGUCGCAAAUGACAAUGAACUACGAAAGCUACUUCGUCAGUAUGAGGGAUGGAACCUGAAGCAAAUGGCAGCGGAAGUCAUGAAACAUGAAGGUGGUGGAGGAAAAGCAGAAAAAGUCAAGCAGGUGUUCGCUAUGAUCUGGUUGAGAGAGAAUUGUCGCAAGAGCAGUGGCUCUGUCCGACGCGAUCGUGUGUAUUGUUGCUAUGCGGAGAACUGUGGCACAGAACGUGUUUCGGUGCUCAACCCUGCAUCUUUUGGAAAGUUGGUUCGAAUCAUCUUCCCAAAUGUCCAGACUCGGCGACUUGGCGUCCGAGGCGAGUCCAAGUAUCAUUAUGUCGAUUUGUCCGUUAUCGAGGAAAAGCAACAAAAGAUCGCUCCUAUGCCUCAAGUUGCUCGCGCCUCCAAUGGCCCGGCCUCAAUGCCAUCGCGACCUGCCAGUGCCAUGCGUUCCCGAAGCGUCCAACAGCCAACAGCUGACACAGCUGUCUUUCCUUCUCCUACCACCUCAUUCGCACCCCGAUUCCCCAACAACUCUAUGCCCGCAGACUGCAAUUGCCAGGGCCACGGCUCAUCUGCCCCCGAUGAAACGAUCACCCGCGAGAACGUUGCCCAGCAGGCUGGGAAGAUGAUCCAUCAGAUGCUCCAGUUCCCUCUCGAUGAGAACACAGUAGUCGACAACGAUGCCCUUCAACUUCCUGAUGUUCGGACUUACCUCCCAGCCAACACCGAUCUGAAGGUCGCUGCAGCUCUCGCUGCACUUUAUCGUUCUCACUGCAUCUCGGUCAUCGACAGCUUCCGUUACUGCAAAGAACGUAACUUAAUGAAAUAUUUCUCCGCGUUCCAUGGAACAUUGACCGUUCCUGUUCAAAAACUGUUGACUCACCCCAACCUUGCACCUUGGAUCAAGGAGUGUGAUUGGAUGAUGUAUCAGAAAAUGAUUGCAUUCGUGGCUCCCCUCACAACUCAGGUUGUACCGAAGCCGGUCCUGGAUGCGUUCAUGUCCAUUUCCCAACGGCUCUGCGGCCAUAUCACCGAAACCUUCAAGACCCAACCUACUCAUGUCUCCCUGGCCCGCCUAAUCCCCGCUCACAUUUUCUGCAAUCUCCUCAAGCACAUGCUAGACGUGAACCAAGCCGCCAAUGCCGCCGCCGCUUGGCUUUGCCACCCCGACAACCGUAACCAGAUGUGGGUCGACUUCAAGACUAUGGUCGAUCCUCGGGAUAUGAUGACCAAAGCCAAUAUUCCCACAUGUGCCGAAGCAGCGACUGAGCAGAUUCUCAAACACGACAUUCGUGCCCUUCUUACGCCAUUGACGGAUGCCGAUCCCUCGGCCUGCCUGCCCUUCUUCACUCGCCCCGAUAACCCGGAAUCUGUUGAGGCUCACCGAUUCCCAGUGGAAAGUGCACCUGGUGAUGAAUAUAAUUUCCCCGACAAGUGGGUACAAUUCAUUCUGAACAUCCCUGCUGCUUUCGCAAGCCAUCGCACGCAAUGUGUCAUCGAGAAGGUAGAUGCACUAUGGGACAGCGUCCUGCACAGGCUUACUUUGGGUGGGGCUCAAAGCUUCAGCGCAUGGUGGAUGACCAAGGUCUUUUUCCAUGAGAUGAUGGUCUGGCAAGCAGAAAAGGGAGGCUUCAUGCGCAACACUCCUGGGUCAUUGCAGAGCGCCACCUUCGGACCUGAGUCAACAGGCAACUUUCAGUUGAAACAAGACUCUGCCGCUGAGCCGUCCCCGUUUGAGACCUCGAAUGAGUCUCAAAAAUCCAGCAACACACCUCCAGUUCCUCAAACAGCCCAUCAGACACAGCCUGGCGCCCACCACCCGGAUUUUAAGAACCCUCACAAUGAGAAGCGCCUCUCACUUCAAGACCCAGCGUUCCAAGGUCACAACAACGAUGACAGUGCGAUCGAUCUCGAGGAUGAUACUAUGCUGCUGGCAGUUGGAAAAUAUGGAGACAUGAUGGUCUCAGACCCCGCAGAUGCCGAAGGCGAUGUGGUCGUCAUCUAA